AAAAAUAUUCAUUCUUAGAAGUGCGACGAUGUAAUUUGUACAGGUUCCUAAAAGCUAAAGUAUGAUUUCAAGGUUUUGAAAAUAUAUUUAAUGCGGUCAUGCUUUUAUCACUGUAUUAAACUGACCGGUUGCGAAAAUGUCUGUCCCUGAAGAACAGGACGACUUCAUAUUUCGUCCACAACAACAUUUAGAUUCUAAAUGGCUAAACCCUGACUUACAAGAGGCUCUUCAUGAUCCCGAGGCUCUGUGUUCUAUGUUUAAUAGCUUGUUACAAGAUAGAGAAAUACAUUUCGAUGCUAGAAAUGGAUUGGUCAAUGGUGCUGGAAUUACGGCUAAACUUGGCGAUAGUGGAAAAUAUUACUGCGGCCUUAGAAUCUUGACAUGUACUUGUUGUGAUGGUCUUUGUGGUCCUCAUUCGGGUUGUGCAUGCGUACCUUGUACCGCUCUUUCUGCUGAAGAAGAACUACGGGCCUCCAUUCAAUCUAAAAUAGUUGCACCAUCACCUUCUGUUCAAGUUAUAGAUGAUAUUAAAUGGAAACUAGAUCCAGGGCCUGAAUGUCUUCAAAGUUUAAUGGAAGCACUUGUAUGGGAGCAGAGAGUAAGAGCUAUUAAUACUGCUGUUAGCUGUCCAUUUAUAUCUCAAAUAAGGCGUUUGAUUGUUCUUUGCCAUAGACACCUAGUAGCUGUGAUAAGAGAUCAAAAUAACCACAAGGAAGUUAAAAAAGUAAAACUUGAGAAAAAGCCUGUUCAUGGCGUUAGUAAUAGAGCACUUAGUAAUGUUGUAAGUGCUUUAAAUAAACCAGUUGAACUCUCAUCUGAUGCUCCAGAAGACAGUGAAGAACAGACUGAUGAUUCAGAAAGUGCAUUCGGUCUAGCCCGAGUAGGCGCUCGUGCGGCCUUACGUCUUGCUCUAUCUCUCGUGCGUCGCGCCUGGCGCUGCGGAGAAGAUGCAGAUGUUUGCUCAGCGUUACUGCGAGACGCGUUAGAUGCGGUGCGAGCCUUGCCGGAUGCCGCGUUGUAUGCUGGAAGUGGGCAAAUGAAUUCUAUUGCACAACAAGCACCACGCUCGCAAAAAAUAUGGGCAGAGGUUGUUGACAGCGCAGCAAAAUUCUUACACCAAGUUGUAGCUGGGGAAGUAGGUUGUAAUGUGCCUCAAGGGGACUGGCGCACAUCGUUGUGCGUGUGGGUAGAGCUUUGUGCGCGACGAGCUGAAUUACCUGCACUUCUUAAAGCUGCCGACGUACUAGUAACACUACCACCCAAACAGAAGCGACAGCCAGACAACAGAAUUGUUUUAGAAGAAUGCACUGCACCAUUAGGUCCAUUUUUGAGACGUAUGGCUAAAGUAGCAGCCCCAAACCCGAUUGUUAAUUCCGAACCAAACACUGAAAGCAAUCCAAUAGAAACAUAUCUAAAAGAAUUGAAUAUACCAAGUGGUGAUGGACUGAUGAGUGUGAGAAAGGCCGGUAUUGCGUUGCUUUGUCAUCUUGACAGACUAGGUGCUCCUUUAUUGCCUCCUUUAAAGGGAUUUGUUACUUGUACAGAAUCAGCACAAGAAGUAGUCUCAGUGGGAUCUGGACUGUUGCAACUAGGAAGCUUGAGAAUUCAACAAAUAGCGUGUGCCGAAAAAUUAGCUCUUCUAUUGACUCAUGAUGGUGCUGUUUACACUUUGCCUUACGAUACUAUGACACCGCAUCUCGUUCCAGGUCUAGAGAACAAGAUCAUAACGCAAGUGUCGUGCCACCCGGCGGGGCGCCACUACCUGUGCCGCUCGUCGUGCGGCGGCGCGUGGUCGUGGGGCGCGGGCGAGGACGGGCGGCUCGGCCACGGCGACACGGCCGCGCGCGACGCGCCGCAGCCGCUGCACCACCUCGCGCACCACGACGCCGUGCGCGUCGCCGCCGGGCCCGCCUGCAGUGCGGUGAUCACGUCUCGCGGCGCUCUGUACACGUGGGGUCGCGGCGCUCACGGCCGUCUCGGACACGGUACUAUCGAAAACUGCCUAACGCCGCAACCUGUUUCAUUUAACGCCCAUAACAUUGAAAGGAUAAUUGACGUUGCACUUGGCUGGGGUGAGGGUCAAACUCUGUGUUGUACUUGGGAGGGAGCCGUUCAAGUGUUCGGCGAUAGUGAGGCGGGGACUCCCCGAGCGUUAUCAGCGCUCUCUAUGUUCCGAGUGACUCGUGUUUUUACGGGCGAGCAUUGGCACGCUGCUCUAACUGACGGGGGGCAAGUCUACACAUGGGGUAAGGGUGAUGGACAUCGAUUAGGACAUGGGACUGUGGAAUCUAUUAAAAUACCAAAACUCGUCGAAGCGCUUCAAGGAAUAAAAAUAGUCGAUCUAUCACUCGGCAUAUCCCACGGCAUCGCACUUUCAUCAGAGGGAGUACUCUACGCGUGGGGCACGCAAGAACGUUCGCAAAUAUCGAAUCCUGUUCCACAACCUUUACAAGUGUUUAAUCCAUCAUUUAAAGCUAAUGGCGUGGCAAACGGACCGACUCAAAUAUUUGCUUGGAGCCAAGAAAACCCAAGAGACCUGCCGUCAUCUCUGCCUUUUGUUAUAGAUUUGUCCGACAACACUUUUAAAUUUUUAGAAAGACUUUUAAGAAUAGUUGUGGAACAAAGCGGUAGUGCUAAUAUAAACGAUAACGAAUGUUUAGCAAUCUCUUGUUUGAAUCUCCUUAGGUUACAAGUACAUGCUUGGCAAUGCGCUCGAGGCAAUGAUAUCGUUGAAGCAGACUCUGAAGGUCGAUCGUGGUGCAGUGGAGUACACUCUGCGUUGGUGUCGCUCGUGGAGGGCAGGGCGGGGCUGGCCGCGGCGGCCGCCGCCAGGAAGGCGUUGGCCGCCGCUUGGCCCAUUUUACUACCCACGCCGCAGAUACGGGCUCAGCAUCUAAUAGCCUUGCUGCCGCAAGGAUCAGCACCGGCGAGCACAGGAGCAAGAUUUAUGACGGAAUUGCUCGUUUGGUCGUUAUUGGGAGGAGGCGGUCUGCGUGAUGCGCUACGAAACGCCCUCCAAACGCACUCUUCCGACUCUUAUAAUCAUUUACAAUUGGAUGAUGAAUAUGAUCAAAUAGAUAUAGUGACGGGGCAGCGUGGUCCGCCCACAACAACGAUGUCUGAAGAUAGCGAAAAUGUUCAAGCGACUUGUACUGAUGAAUACCAAAUAAGCAAUAAUGCAAAUGUCUGCGAAAACGGUGCUUCUGUUCCUUUAAUGCAUUUAGUAAAGCAUUUGAUUCGCAAUACGAGUUGUCAAACUCAAAUGCACAUAAAUUCUAUUAUGAAUGGCGAUACAAGUAAGACCGAUGAUCUUAAAGGACACGAUACAGUUAGUCCGAGUUGUGACCUUCUGAUAAGGUUUCAAAGGUUACUGUUCAGUGAAGCGAUGUGGUCUCGAGGGGGGCGCGGCAGUCGCGGCGGCGUGCGCUCCCUCCUCACGCAGUACACCUCGCUCUUGUCGGAACACGUGCAGUCCACCCUCGGCUACUUCACUCGUGCUGUACACAAAGCGGAUAACACACAGCUUAUCGCUCUAUGCGAUCUUAUUGGUGCUGAUAUUGUUGGUCGCGUGAUGAGUGAAUUAGCUGUGUGGGUCGUUGCGUGUGCGGCUCGAUCUGCUAUCGCGCUCACCGACUGUACUGCAGCACUCGUGAAGAUCGUACGCGCCUGCGACGAAGCGGCUCGUACGUUGCCCUCCGCAGCAAAGUUAGACUCAGAUUUGUUAGGAUGGCCCGGCCUAGUCUCCAGGAGACAUCAGUUGAAUAGCAGUAUUAUUCGGAAGUGUGAUCUACAAAACCAUACGAAAGAGGGCGGGUCCUGGAUAGUUAUCGCCGGGCACGUGUUCGACGUGGAGAACUUCGAGUGCGAGAGCGCGAGCACGGUGGAGCUGGUCCGCAAGCUGCGCGGCGCCGACGCCACGGCGGCGCUCAGCGUGGAGCCGCACGCCGCCUACCUGGCGCGCGUCACCGACAAGUGCGUGGGCAUGUACGCCAGCCAGAUCUACAGCCACAAGUGCAGUGAAAGCACAUCGAGCCUUCGCGCACAUCACAUACUCUCUUCGUGUGCGUUCCACUUGGCUCUUGGCUUAUCGCAAUGCGGACUGCGUUUAGCGCGAUCCUUACCCGUACAGCAAGCUGAGAAAGAAGCUGCGCCAUACGCUGCUGCUGUAUUCCUUAGAGGCGGACUCAUGACAUCUCAACCCGCAAACCCCUUUGAAGAAGAAAAGGCAGAGGCUCGUAGUGGCUCUUCGACGGGCGGCAACAGCCCUGCAAGCGAUACGCCGCACGUGUCUUACACGACUCAUCUGUCUAACGCGUUACACCCACCUCAAACGCGCGUCACACGAGUGCCGAAGGUGAACGUGACGAUGUCGACGGCACGAGCCGACUCUCUGUUGUUUGCUUUGGCUGAACCUAAAUUACACGAUCCCUUAGCACUUCAUCUAUGGUGGGCAUGUGAACGCCGCGAAGGCUGUGCUCCCCACUUUCCGCCAGAACAUCCUCUUGAAGAAUUAAGACGUGCUCUACUGGCAGCCCUUUUGUAUCACGCAGGAUUAAAAGAGCACGCGUUGGCUACUGCUACUGCUGAAAUGGAAAAAGGCGAAGUAAAACUGUCUCCUGCGAUGUCCGAGAUCGUAAAAGCUGUGCAACAGAGCAAAUGGACUCUAAUGCGGACAAGACAACAGCUGUCUAGGGGUUACAAAGAGGUAUGUGCAGCGCCUUUAGAAAGGGCUAGGUUUCUCUUGCACGAAGUCCGCGCUGCGAUUUCGCCAGCAGUGACGGCAUUGCAGUUGCGACCGCCAUCACGACGUGCGCCAACUGCCAAGAGAAUAUUCCAGAAGGUGAUGCGAAUGGCAAAGUCGCCUACCUUUAAUAAAUGUUUUGAAACAACGAAAGAUUUGAGGAAUAGACAAAAUAGCUUAAGCAAAAGUAUGCUCAAAGCCACGGGCAGUCUGUUGCAAGGAGAUGCGCUGCUUAUUAAAUCUACGAUUGGAAAUCAAAGUUGUAAACCAGAAGAAACACAAACAAUUAUUAUUGAACCACCUAAAGUUAACGUUAAUUUAGAGUGUGCAGGUGACCUCGGUUCAAAAGAUACUUACAAUAUACAAACUAAAACUAAAUUGAAAAUCAAAGACAAACUUCUUGAGAAAGACCUAAAAAAUGCCUGUAAUUAUGAUGAUAUGAGACACGAAGGUCGUAGUGAUUUAAAGGUAACAGAGAGAGAUGACGUGCUAGACAAAGACGACGAUAAAACUCCUACGAACGAAAUUUCGUUAAGUUCAAUUAAUGAAAUGACGGAUAAUUCAGUCCUUAAAGAGUCGCUGGAGAGUGAGAAACAAGUAUUGCUUUUGGCUGACGAUUUAAAGAAUGAACUUUUAGUUGCCGAUGAAGAAAAAGAUGAUGAUAACUCAGAGAGAAAUAAAUUUGUAAAUGCUUGGGUAGCUAAGCUUGCUUGCGAGGAGAAAGAUUUAUAUUGGAUGUUAGAACAAGUGACUCCGGAACAACAAAACUUAACCGCUUCAAUAAUCGACUUUGUUAUGACUGAAGAACCAUGUGAUAUUGAUAUUUUAAGACGAGCUUUAUACUGUCAGGUUCAAAGAGCAGAUAUAAGAAAAACUGGUUAUUCUGUUAUUAAUAACAUUCUUCAUUCAACUCAAACUAUGUCCGAAAGUAUAAAAUAUGCUGCACUUUCUGGUUUAUUGGGAGCAUCAAUUGCAGAUUCCGUGCCGAAUGCUCCAAUAAAACCUUCGAUACCGUUAACUAUGCCUCUGAAUGGCAUUGAAUCUGUGAUACCCUACUUGAAAUACAUGGUACUGUUAGAAAGGUCGAAGUUGAUGGAUUACAUUCUUAUAGAACUUAAAGCGAGAGUCCUAGAGGGUGAACAAAAUCAACCAUUGCCCUUGAAAAUGAGUGCAAACUAUGGAGCACAUGCAUUAUUGAAUAGGCCCUCAAGAGCUAGGUUUUUAAUAGCUCUUCUGUCAUUACUUAUUGAAGGAUGUCAAGGCCCAGAAUUAGAACAAUUAAUUAAUGGUGGGGCUUUGAGUUCUUGUUUGACUCUUCUGAAACAGAUCGGAGGAGAUACCUCUCAACAUUCUUCUCUUAUCUGUAACGGUCUUAGAUCCAAAUCGGAUUGUUUGAUCAUCUAUGAGGACGAGAGACUUGGGGCUAGAGCUAGAGGUGCAUCAUUAUCGGGACCAGAACUCGCUUCUCUUAUGAAAAUUGGUACUCGAGUAGUCCGCGGAAAAGACUGGAAAUGGGGAGACCAGGAUGGAGUACCCGGUGGUGAAGGUCGUGUAAUUGGAGAACUCGGAGAAGACGGCUGGGUGCGCGUCGCCUGGGAUGCAGGAGGGACCAACUCGUACCGCAUGGGCAAGGAGGGCAAAUACGAUCUCAAACUGGCGCGCUCUCCAUCACCCCCGCCAUCCGUGGAUGAAACCGUGCAAGGAAAUGUGGAGAAUACCGUCGAGUGGUGGCCAGUGAGCGAGGUGCGCUCGUCGUGCACGAGCGCGGUGCGCGCUUUGUGUGCGGGCGCGGGCCGCGCGCCGGCGCCGGGAGCGGCCGCGCGGCGCAACGUGGCGGCGCUGCAGCGCAGACUGCUGGCGCUCGCGCACGCACAUGUAUACCCGCCGCCCACGGCUUUCGCCGCCCACACACAUACGGCACUUGCGCUCUUGAGAGCGAGUGCCCAGAGCCCUGAAAUAAGGAUUUCGCUGUGUACAGAUUCAUGGUUCGAGCUCUGUUACAGUAUCAUCUCUUCUACGGAUAGACCUAUUUCGCAGGAUCUCGUAUACUUACAGAUUCAGGCACUUUGGCUUUUACGUCGAGUAUUAACUGAGCAUACUGGUCCCGCGGAGUGGCGUCGUACGGUGGCUGCGCAACUUAUAGCAUUAGCUGGAAGACUGUGGCUUGAAACCCACGCAGCUGAUCCAGCAUUGAGAGCUUAUACACAUUCUGUGACAGUUGGCUGUCCGGCGGCUAUUGACGAAGAGGAAGUGGAUAAUAGAUGGCGUGCCCCAGCCACGGCGAGCUACACGGGAGCAAAUUGUGCCGCCAUCAUUAAUCUCGUCAGGCAGCUGCACGCCGCACCGCAGUGGAACGGACCAAUUACAGCGCUUUUGCUGGAAAAAUUACAACUAGCCGCACAGAUGAUUACAAAUGAUUGGCAUUGGUGGCCACAUACGAGUCAAGACUUAACACAAACUAUUAAACCAUCACCUCCAUCUUUAAAUAGUUGUUUAAUAGCUGGAGGUCUAGGUGUCAUAGGUGGAAUGGAAUGGCGGAUUAGACUGGGUCAGCGAGUUUGUGCGGGCUCUCCACCGCGUAACGCCGUUGUCACUCAGCUGUCGCCUCGAGCGAAGAUCACUUUGAUCCACGAUGAUAAUACUACUACCAAGUGUGAUCUGAAUAGCAUCCAAAGCGUGGAAUGUGAGCGUUUAGCUCAAGCGCUCGGUGGUGGCGAGAGCGCUCUGCGUGUGUGCGCAGCCUUACUUGGAGCGGGACCGCAAGCUUCGCCGAUGCAUCCACAUCAUUUGCCCGCUGAAAUAGAUGUCUAUGGCCUUCGACGUCAGCAGAUGGAAUUACUAACAUUGUGUGCUGUAAGAGGAUUGCUUACGACACGGACUCGCCUACGCAAAGUUUUAAUGCAACCACCGGAUAACGGAGUUGCAGGCUCGUUAGAAAGAGGUUCUAACGUGCUAGGAACAGAAGGCACUUUACUAAGGCGUUUACUUGCACUCGCUACUCGCCCAAGUCCGCUGGCUGCAACCCAUUCUCCAAAGGAUCUCGCAGCUGCUGCUCUGACGAUUGUCCAGCAGUUAGCUGCCCAUGUUGCAGGAGAUGACAAAGAUUACGACUCUCCGCCAGAAAUACCUAUCAUCGAUAAGAGUAACGUUAUGCAAGUUUCAAUGGGACCAUCAACAAGUACUGCGUCACUCUCUCGAAAAGAUCUCAACACUUGGGCAAACUCAGCCCAAGUCCAACAAGUGAUAGAAAUGGGAUUUUCUAGACAUGCUAUAUAUGCAGCUAUACAGUCCUUAGGUGGCACAAGUUUACCGUCAGUGGAGUCCCUAGUUGCAUACUUAUUAGAGCUACCACUACAAGGAAUGGAUGAUACGGUAUUCGAGAUCAAACCCACAACAUCGAAGCAAGAGAAGAAACAGAUACCGUACCGCUGGCGAAGUUGCUUUGCGUCGGAAGACGAAUACGCUCAGUAUCUAUCUGAUAUUAUUACGCCCGGUAUGACUGUAAGAUGUUGCAAGGCAUAUGAAAAUAUUGCAUUAGGGGACGUUGGACAAGUUCAGAAAGUUGAACGCGAUAUCAAACAAAACGUGUUUUUGCAUGUGGAGUGGCGCGGGCUGAGUCGCGUGGCGGGCAUACGCGCGCUGCACGCCGAGGUGGUGUCGGGCGCGCCGCCCUUCGCGUCCGGGGACCGCGUGCGCGUGCGCGCCGCCGUCACGCAGCCGCGCUACAAGUGGGGCUGCAUCGACCACACCAGCGUCGGGACCGUCACUGCGAUAUCGAGCAACGGUCGAGACUUGACAGUCGACUUCCCUCAGCAGCCUGGCUGGACUGGGCAAGUCAGCGAGAUGGAACUGGUGACCGACCAAUCGGAAUGGGGCGAGACGGCGGGCGGCAGUGCAGUGGGCUGGCGCGGCGCCGUGCGGGCCGUGCGGGUGUCGUCGUGCCGACCCGGCGCCGGCGCUCGCCGUCUGUUGGACUCGCAGCCACACACCUACUGGCAGAGCUCCAGUGGCACCGGGCAGCAUUGGAUUCGUGUCGAAAUGCGUUGCGGUAUACGAAUCCGUCGGCUCGGUCUGGGCGUGGCGGGUGGCGCUCACGGGCCGGCCGCGCUUUCCGUGCGCGUGGGGGCCAGCUUUGAGGACUCCGCGCUGGCGCCGCUCGCAGCUGUGCCGUGCACGCCCGCCCCGCCCUCUAGGGACCGGCCGCCGACGCACCUUGCGCAGAUACAGCUCCUCUCGGACUGUAAACUGUAUUAUCCGUGUAUAGAAAUCGGAAUAAAACAAAAUCGCAAUGUAAACGCCGAUUGUCGAGUUCACGGUCUGUACAUAACAGGAUUCAGACCAAACCCAAUGUAUACAGAGAUAUUAGCGAGUAUGAAUUUCGUAGCUGAAGAUUGGAUGGAAAAAGAUAACCCAACGGCCGCGGUUACUUCUGAUAACAACCCCCCGGCACUUCCAAACGACUGCCCCAAGGUGUACGUGUGGGGAUUAAACGAUAAAGAUCAACUCGGUGGAGUUAAAGGCUCCAAAGUGAAGGUUCCAGUUUUCUCUCCAGUUUUGAGUGCAUUGCGACCACUUCAUAUUGCAGGCGGUUCAAAGACACUCUUUAUUGUAUCACAUGAUGGCAAGCUCUACGUUUGUGGUGAAGGUACGAAUGGCCGUCUUGGUCUCGGACACAGUAACAAUGUGUCGACGCCACGAGCGAAUCCUUAUCUUUCUCAUGUGUUGGUGCGUCGGGUCGCCGUGCACUCUGGUGGAAAACAUGCUUUAGCACUUACUGCCGAUGGAAAGGUGUAUUCUUGGGGAGAAGGGGAAGAUGGUAAAUUAGGUCAUGGAAACCGGAUCACACUUGAAGCACCUCGCCUCAUAGAGUCGCUAGCGGGAGAAAGGGUAGUGGGUAUCGCAUGCGGGUCUGCUCAUAGUGCGUGCGUGACCGCGCGCGGGCACUUGUAUACUUGGGGUCUAGGGGAGUACGGACGAUUGGGUCACGGGGAUGACACUACACAGUUGUUACCAAAAAUGAUUGAAGCAUUAGCCAGCUUCCGAGUAAUUCAGGUUGCGUGUGGAUCUCGCGAUGCCCAAACCUUAGCCCUUACUGCUUGCGGGAAAGUAUUCUCUUGGGGUGAUGGCGACUUUGGUAAAUUAGGUAAAGGUCGAGGAGGAUCGGAUGGAUGUGCAGUUCCAAUGAAUAUUGAGAGAUUGAACACACUUGGUGUAGUUCAAGUUGAAUGUGGUGCUCAGUUUAGUUUAGCAUUGACCAGAGAUGGAGAGGUAUGGACAUGGGGUAAAGGCGACUAUUUCCGGCUAGGUCACGGCUGCGACUCACACGUGCGUCGCCCGACCAUCGUAGAGGCGUUGCGCGACCGUCGCGUUAUUCACGUCGCUGUCGGCGCUUUGCAUUGCCUAGCCGUCACAAGCGAUAAUCAGGUCUGGGCAUGGGGCGACAACGACCACGGACAGCAGGGCAACGGCACGACGUGCGUGAACCGGCGGCCGGCGCCGGUGGCGGGCGUGGAGGGCGUGCAGCGCGCCGCCGCCGGCUCGUCGCACUCGGCCGCCUGGGCACUGCGCCCCGUCGCGCUGCAGCCCGACGUGCCGGCGCCGCACGUCGCUCCGCUGCCCUUCCCGACGCUGAAAGACCCGCUGGGAGCGCAUAGCCUGGGUCUCUACUCCGACGAAACAGUAGUAGACGAGCCGCAAGGCCCGCGGCCCUCCCUGGCGGCCGCCGCGCUGGCGCUGGAGCCGCCCGUGGCCGUGCAACACGCGCUGUCUCUCAUACUCCUGGCAUUGCACAUCUCGCAGGCGCGAAGUCUUCUGGUAGAAGCUCUUCGAGCGCACGAGGCGUGCUCGACUGCGGUCCCGGUGGUGGUCGGGCUGGACUCUGAGGAUGACGACGUCGAGGCGGACGCACGCACCGGCGGAGGGGAGGCGCCGGCCGAUAGGGCUACUUUACCGAGCGGUGCUAGCAGUCCUCUCAGCGGAUCCAUAUCAUCUCGCCACUCUGCUGUGAUGUCCUCCAGCGCGGUGUCCGUGGCGGCGGCCACUAUGACUGUACAGCAAGCUGAGGCGCCGAAGUUGGCACUAGACGAUUUCACGUCUCAGCUGGGUGAAUCCGACGCAAGAGCACUUGUCGACCUAUUGAAACUUGCUGCAGCAGGCCGUGUCCCUGAUUCUAAUAAUGCGGUUAGAGUUAUCACAGAUGUUCUAAUGGCUCUUUGUGCGAGUAAGCCGGCGGUAGCUGAUAUGGUUGUGGAAGUGUGCGUGUGCGAGUUAGAAGAAGCGGCCGCGGGAGGGACGCGCGCGCCCCCGCACCCCGUCACCGUGGACAGUCCGCAUCCAUACGCUGAUGAUACGGAUAUAUCGGGCGUAGUAAAGAUCCCGGGAGCUUCGUCGCUUCGAGUAUCAUUCGAACAAGGCUGUUCCACCGAAAGAAGAAAUGACCCGUUAACGAUAUCGGACAGCGCUGGAAGAGUCCUAGCGACACGAUCGGGCAGAGAACCUGCUGACUGGGCACAGGAGAUUGUUGUAAAUGGCGACGAAUUACGCUGGAGGUUUACCAGUGAUAGUUCUGUAAACGGUUGGGGAUGGCGGUUUACAGUUCAUCCAAUUCUACCCUCACACGCACAUAUGGAAAGCGGUACGGAUAGAUACGUGUUAUCAUGUCCAUCUGUGGAAUUAGCGUGGAGGUUGCUAGAUGGACCAUUGCUGACAGCGAUAUCCAACGAUCACCAGAUGGCACCGCGAUUAGCACAAGCGCUGGCUAUUUGUGCGCAAAUGCCGACGCUUUCGUGGCGCGGUCGCGUGUGGUGCGUGCGCCGCCUCCGCGGCGUGGUGUGCGGCGGCGCGGGGGGCGGCAUGGGCGCGAGCGCGGGCGAGGGCGUGGCGCCGCCCACUGCGCUGCAAGCGCUGCCGCAGCUGCUGCACGCGCAGUACGACCACGAGGAACCAGCGCUACGAACUGGCACGCAUCUGCUGCAUACGCACUAUCUCAAGGAGCUCGCGUGGUUAGCGUGCGGACUCCGCGUCGACUCCCGCGUGUGUAGCGGGCCGGACGCAGCGCGCUGGGCCUGGUUCAAGCGUUACUGCCUGUGCAUGCGCACCGCAGACGCGCUCAUACGCCGUACGCCGCUACCGACGCCCUUCCUAUCCGACGUGCGGAAGCGGCUCAUCGAUCUGGGCGCGUACAACGCAGACGAGGUCACAUCGGAUCUACAGAACCCUUGGGAAGAUAAUACCAAAUUUACAAGGCAGCACGACGAGCAACUGCUACAUUGGGUGAAUAACGAUAAGAUAGGAAUAUUUCUUGAAAGGCGACCCGAAGACUGGACGGGCUGGUGGAACUGCGGCUCGCCCGGCUGCGCGGUGUACGGCUGGGGACACAACCACCGCGGGCAGCUGGGCGGCGUGGAGGGCGCCAAGGUGCGCACGCCCACGCCGUGCCACGCGCUCGCCGCGCUCAACCCGCUGCAGCUCGUGGGCGGCGAGCAGACGCUCUUCGCCGUCACGCCCGACGGGAAGGUCUACGCCAGUGGUUAUGGAGCUGGAGGCCGCUUAGGUAUAGGCGGAAUCGAUUCAGUAUCCCAGCCCACAUUAUUAGCAUCCAUUCAGCACGUGUCCAUUACAAAGGUUGCCUGCAACUCUGGCGGCAAACACUGCUUAGCUUUGUCUGCUGAUGGUGAAGUAUAUAGUUGGGGCGAAGGAGAAGACGGCAAACUUGGUCACGGUAAUAGAGUGAGCUACGACCGGCCCAAGUUAAUAACGGCGCUGUCGGGGCUGGAGGUGGUCGCCAUCGCGUGCGGCGGCGCGCACUCGGCCUGCCUCACGGCGCGCGGCCGCGUCUACACGUGGGGCAAGGGCCGCUACGGCCGCCUGGGCCACGGGGACUCCGAGGACCAGCUCGUGCCCAAACUGGUGGAGGCGCUUUCCUCGUACAGAGUCAUAGAUAUUGCUUGCGGGUCGGGCGAUGCUCAGACGCUGUGCAUCACGGAUGAUGACAAUGUGUGGUCUUGGGGCGACGGCGAUUAUGGAAAAUUAGGGCGUGGAGGGUCUGAGGGCUGCAAAUUGCCGAUGAGGAUUGAUUGUCUGAAAGGUCUGCGCGUUAUAAAAGUUGAAUGCGGUUCUCAGUUCUCGGUUGCGUUGUGUCAAUGCGGCAGUGUUUAUACUUGGGGUAAAGGCGAUUACCACAGACUCGGUCACGGUAGCUACGACCACGUGCGCCGGCCCAUGCGGGUCACCGGCAUGCAGGGAAAGAUGAUAGUCUCCAUCGCAACAGGUAGUCUACACUGUGUGGCGUGUACGGAUACCGGCGAGGUGUACACGUGGGGUGAUAAUGAUGAGGGUCAACUGGGUGACGGAACUACACUAGCUGCACAAAGACCGAGGCUACUUAUGGCAUUACAAGGCAAGCGCGUGACGCGCGUGGCGUGCGGCAGCGCGCACACGGUGGCGCUGUGCGUGGAGGCGCCGCCCGCGCCGCGCCCGCCGCCCGCCGCGCCGCUCGAGUGCCAUCUGCUGAGGGACCUCCCCACGCACCUCAUAUGCAACAGGCUGGUGCUUCUACACCAAUUUUCAGAAUUGGUUUGUCCGAACCUCCCAUUGCUCGUCUUAGACGAACCUAUGGAUCAAUUGAGGAGUUUACUGUUUUAUAGCGUGAAAGAAGCGGCUUUUAGAAAAGCGAUAAUGGCGACGAUGGUGCGCGAGCGCCAGCACGGGCCCGUGGUGGAGCUGUCGCGCGUGGCGGCGCGGCGGGCGCGGCGCGGCGGCAGCGGGCUGGCGGGCCCGGCCGGCAUGCGCUCCGUGUUCGGCCAGAUGGUGGCGCGUCUGCCCGUGCUCACGCAGGACGCGCUCGCGCUGCCGCACCGCGUCUGGAAGGUCAAGUUCGUGGGUGAGAGCGUAGACGACUGCGGCGGCGGCUACAGCGAGAGCAUCGCAGAGAUGUGCGAGGAACUCCAGAAUGGGUCUCUGCCGCUGCUGAUGGCCACUCCCAACGGCCGCGGCGACGCCGGCGCGUCCCGAGACGCCUUCCUCCUCAACCCCACAGCGAACACGCCACUCCAUCUCAAUUGCUUCCGAUUUUUAGGUGUUUUAAUGGGCAUCGCGAUCAGAACUGGCUCGCCCCUCUCGCUUUCCUUAGCGGAAGGAGUGUGGCGACAAUUGGCGGGACAACCGCUACGACCUCAGGACUUGGCUGAGGUCGACAAGGACUUCUUACCUGCAUUGUUGUGUAUACGAGAUAUGACGCCGAAUAAUAAGGAACUUCAAAACCUCGAACUUCCGUUUUCAAUACCUUCGGCGGCUGGACACGAGGUGCCGCUCUCCACGCGACACAAGAGAGUGACGCCCGAUAAUAAGGACGAAUAUGUUCAAUUAGCACUUCAUUACAGGCUUCACGAGUUCGACGAGCAAGUACGAGCAGUGAGAGACGGGAUGUCACGCGUCGUUCCCGCGCCUCUACUCGCGCUGUUCAACGCCUCUGAGCUAGAAACGUUAGUGUGCGGCUCUCCCGACAUUCCAGUUCACGCUUUACGAGCCUCUGCUACUUAUAAAGGCGUAGAACCCAACGCGCCACUCGUCCAGUGGUUCUGGGAGGUGAUGGAGGAGCUGUCGGGGGGCGAGCGCGCGCUGUUCCUGCGCUUCGUGUGGGGGCGCACCCGCCUGCCGCGCGCGCCGCAGGACCCGCGGCAGAGGGACUUCGUGCUGCAGGUACUCGAUAAGUACCAACCUCCAGACCAUUUCCUACCAGAGAGUUACACAUGUUUCUUCCUACUCAAAAUGCCAAGAUAUUCCUGCAAAUCUGUACUACGAGAGAAACUCAGGUACGCCAUCCACUUCUGCAAGAGUAUCGACACGGACGAGUACGCGCGCGUGGCGCUGAGCGCGGCCGAGCGCGUGUCGUCCGAGGAGUCCGACUCCGAGGGAGACGGCGCGCCCGUCCCCACCACCGCGCCGCCCCCCGCGCUCUACUCGCUCACCAGAGCGCCCACGUGGCUCUAACCGCUGACGUAACGAACACAUAACGUCACGUAACUUUUCUUACUCUAAACUGCGCAGUAGUCUAAUUACGAAUAAGACACCAAACGCUCAAUACCGGAUACAGAGAAUAUUCCGAAAUUGACUUUUUUUUAAAUAAUUAUUUGUUUUAAUAAUUGAAUUAUUUAAUCAAAAUUUCAAUUUUAUUUAUCGAAUGAUUUUAGAGCGGCAAAGUUACAUGACGUGAACAUUUUGAUGUCAUCUAUGGUCUUGAAAUCUAAACAUAAGACCUGAUCCAAUGGAACAAAAUUAAUCAUAAUAUAGACAUAUGAAUAUACUGACGCUCAGAUGCUGCCAGCGGAAAUAUUUUAUCGGCAGCCAUUUUGUAAGUUGACUGGAAAGUAUUUGAAUGAAUAUAUUUUAAGAAAACAUUGCAAAUUUUUUAACGAAAUAAUAUAGAUCUUUACAUAGAAAACUGUUGAAAUGAUUAAAAAUACUGCAACACUUUAACAUAUUUCCCUUAUUGUAAAGAAGAUCAAUCUAGCAUUAUGAUAAUAAUAAUAUUUGGCACUUUAGUAUAUUAAAAAUUAUACACACAUAGAGUGGCUUGUGCGUUAUGCUUAUUUAAAACUUUUCUUCGUUCAAAAUAGUACAUCUAUUGUAGAAAAAAGUGGAAGUUUUAAAUACUCAUUAUAACAUUGAUAUUUAUAAUAGACUUAAGAAUAUAAUGCAGUAAAUGACAAAUUUUGGUCAUAUCAUUAAUUUUAUACAAAUUAUUUUUAUGAUGAAAAACAUUAUGUAGACUUUGCUUACACAAUAAAGUGUUAAGUUGUGACGUCCCAUUGUGGAAUGUUCUUGGGAGUAUAUGUCAAAUGUGUAAAAGUUGGAUGAGUUAUCAUGCUUUUUCUUAUAUAAGCAUUCCAUCCAUAAUAUAUAAGAAAUUGAUGCUUGAUAUGAGUGACACUGAAGUAGCCUUAUGAUUCUAGUAUACGCUUUCUUCUAAUUUAAUGAAUAUCAACAACGAUAAAGUAUUGUCUAAUCUAUCUCCUCUUUCCUAAAAAAUACACAAUCUCAUUAAGCUUAAUAUUUUUUAUCCUACUUGUUUUUAACUAUAAAUGAAUAAUGGAAUCUAUUUUAAUAUACUUGUUGUCAAAUAUAUAAUUUUAUAAGUAUGCAUUUUCUAAUCACGAUAGUCUUUUCCUCUAUAUCUCUUUUGGGAUUUUUUAUAAAACUUGUGUAAUGUUUGACUCUUCUAUAGUGUAAAGCUACACAUGGAAAGGUGAUGAAUAUAAAUGGUAUAGGUUUAUUUCCCGAAACUUCUUUAUAAAAUAAUGUAUUAAUUAAGAAAUUUUAUACAUCAGAGCUUUUGAUGCUGUGAUGAUGGAAAAUCGAUUGUUUAAAGUAUAUAUAAAAGAAAAACAUCGACAAGUUGAUUUUAAAAUUAAACAAUUGAUAAUAUUCUAGAUGAUGAGAGACUGUAUUGGAGUUUUGAUAGUUAGGAAUUAUAAAGGAUGGUGCAUUUUGUAGAGCAAACUAAGCUAGUCAUGGUUAGAAAUGGGCUUGAUAUUAUUAAACAUAUUUAUAAUAAUAAAUUUUAUUACUUGCAGUAUUAUCAGCUUAAAAUUUGCCUUUCAACACAUUAUUCUGAAAGUUUAGUUAAGGUUUUUGUUGAAUUAUAUUAAGGCCUUUUUAUAUAAUAUUUGAUAUUUUCUUUGUGUAACAUUUUGAACAUGCAAAUAGGUUGGUGCUAGAGCUUUCAUUUAGCAUUGCAAUGUUUACAUCAAAUUCUCAGUAAGCACAAAUCAUUAUGUACUGUAGUAGAUAAAUAGUAUUAAAAAUGACUCAAAUUUUAAUUCCACCACCAAAGAUGGUACAAUCCAGUCUCGUUAGGAGUUACAGUAGUGGAUCUGCAAAUAUUAUGUUUUAUGCUACUUUAUUAUCUAUACCCAUUCAUUUAAAUAAAAGUAUUAUUUAUGA